AAGAUAUCAUCAUGAAAACAAAACAACACUUGACGCCGCACCAUCAACAUCAUGGCUGCUCUAACCUCAGAUGGAAAUAUCACAAGUUUUCAGAAAAAAGGAAGAAACAGGAUCCCAUACAUCCAGGGAACACGACAGUCUGUUCAAAAUGCUCAAAUCCUUGUGUCGAGUGGAGCCCCUUCGCUUGACCAUGUCGUAGGUAGUGGACUCCCUGUCGGCAGUAUUCUUCUCAUAGAGGAAGAUGCGUUUGGAAUGUUCUCCAAGUUUAUUCUUAAAUACUUCUUGGCUGAAGGAAUAGCCUGCGAGCAUCCCCUGUUCUUAGCAAGUCGAGAUUUUCAACCUAACACUUUUAUGAAACAGUUACCUGUCCCGAUAAAGGUAGACUCAUCAAUUUCAGGUCAUGACCUAAAAUCUGAUGACCCAAUGACGAUAGCAUGGAGGUAUCAGAACAUGCGACAGGUUCAGUCGAUACCAGGAUCAUCCAACAGUGGGACUCACCUUGGUCAUAAUUUUGAUUUAACUCAAUUCAUACCCCCAGAAGAUUUGGAUACCUGUGAUUAUACGCUGUGGUCUGAACCUGAGGAAAAUGAUACACCAAUAGGUAAUUUCAUCAACCCUCAUUAUGGCCUACUCUUAUCAAAAAUACAGAAAAGAAUUUCUGAAGGCCAGUUUCGUGUUCAAGAUGAACCAAGUAAGCAGAGCAUACUUCGUCUAGCUAUUCACUCUCUAGGCUCACCCCUGUGGGUGGGUUCUUCCUGUGAUGAGUCCUUGGAAGAAGGAGUCAAAAAAGAUUUACCUAAAUUCCUUUUAUACCUACGGUCUCUUCUUAGAGAGUCUUAUGCUCUAGCUGUUGUCACAGUUCCAUCUCAUCUUUUUAGGGACCCUUCAAUCAUUAAGCUUUGUGAAUACCAAAGUGACAUGGCCCUGCGUCUGGAGUCUUUCGCUGGAUCAUCAUAUGAAACCAACCCAGUAUUCAAAGAAUACCAUGGUCUACUCCAUAUUCGUAAAUUGGGACCCGUAAACACACUAGCCACUCACGUUCCAGAGAGUUUAGAUCUAGCUUUUAAGUUGAGGCGAAGGAAGUUUGUCAUUGAGAAAUUACACUUACCCCCAGAACUUCAAGAAUCAGCCCAGCGAGAACAGGAUGACAUUUCACCCGGGAAAAGAUCAGGCCUUGGCUGCACUUCAAGUCCAAGCAGCAAGUUGGACUUCUAAUUUGUUCAUUUGUUUUGUAAGUGUCAUUACGUUUUGUAAUUAUUAUUGAAGAAAGAUUUGUGUCUGCAAAA